UCGUUAGCCGCCAUUGUGGCUAGAACAGUAUUGAGUGGAAGAAUUGCUUGUCGCGCCUAUUUUAUUGUAUUUUUGGAAACGUUUUUGAGAAAGCACUGUGAAGCCGUAAUCGUAUUGAAAAGAAAUGUUAUUGACGAAUAGUAGUGCCUAAGUGAAGGAUAUUAUUAUAAAUAUAUAAUAGAGAACUACAAAUGUCAUUAAGAGUUAACCUAAAAACUGUGGCUUGGGGACCUCUGAUAUUUUAUAGUUUGUUAGUUUUUGCGAAAUCCCAUCUAAAGCUGUUCCUUAUAGGUGUGUAAAAGUGUUUGGAACUAAUUUAUCAUAUUUUGGUGCGUGUAGAAAACACAUCUCGUAUUUUUAAUGGAUUAUUAUAGUCAAUAAAGAACUUGUAUACAUUGUUAGGACUGUGAAGUUUUGAGAACGUUACCGCCGUUUUCUAACAUAAACUUUACAAAUAUUCGUAUUUUGAGUUUUGCAUUAUGUGAAAUACAUCUAUGUUCUCAUUUCUUGAUUACUGUAAAUGGUAGUGAAGAUACACGGGUGUAUAUUUUACUACUAAGUGCUUGGAAGGAUUGUGUCCCAAUUAAGUUGUUUGGUGUAUUUUCAAGCAGUACGUGUUUGGGUUAUAAUGUUUUUAUAGUACAAAAUAUAUAAUAAUUUAAAUAUUAAAAGAAAACAUUCCAUAUAUAAUUUAAUCUGCUAAAUAUGAUUUCAUAGUAAAAGACUACUAGAUUAUGCGAGAAAACUAAUUGAAACAUGAGUAAGAGAAGAAGAACUAGCUCAAUUGCUAGUCGUCAAGAAGAAGACUCUUUAGAUUCCAAUGAGGCCUCUACUAGUAGCGGGCCUACUCUGAAACGAAGAAAAAAGCAAUCUGAUCCCAUUGAGAUAUGUCACCAGUUGUAUGAUAUAAUUAGAAACCAUAAGAAAAAUGAUGGUAGUCUACUUUGUGAUUCAUUUAUAAGAGUCCCAAAAAGGCGCCAGGAACCAGGGUAUUAUGAUGUAGUAAAUAACCCUAUAGAUCUAUUAAAAGUUCAGCAGAAACUUAAAACGGACGAAUAUGAGGAUGUACGAGAUUUGGAAUCCGACAUAGAAUUAAUUGUAAAUAAUACGAAAGCAUUUUAUAAAAAAAGUACUCAAGAAUGGAAGGAUUCGGAUGAAAUGUGGAAUUUAUUUUUGAAUACUAAAAAGAAAUUGCUGAAUAACGAAGAGGAUAAAAAACAUGAAACAAAAUUAGAAAGCCGACGGUCUAACUCUAAAGUUACUCCCAAAAAUAAAGUGAUAGUAAAGAAGCCAAAUAGUAUUACAAGAAAUAAUUCAAAUCACAAUAAUAGUUUGAAUAAUUCUAAUUCCAGUUUUAAUGACAGUGAAGAUUUUAAUCCAUUUGAAGAAUUAUUCAAUAUAGUAAUGACUGCUGUGGAUGACAACAAAAAAUUGCUCCACACCCAUUUUCAGUUAUUACCUUCGAAAAAGAAGUAUCCAGAAUACUAUGAGGUGAUAGAGCAACCGAUUGAUCUAAAAAGAAUAGCAAUUAAAAUUCAACACAAUCAAUACUCUAAUUUACUUGCUCUGGAAAAAGAUCUCGUCGUAAUGUGUAAAAAUGCAUGCUUAUUUAAUGAACCUAAUUCUCAGAUUUAUAAUCAUGCAAAAGCACUAAAAAAGAUUGUAAAUCAAAAAAGGAUAGAAAUAAUGGAACAGGCCAGUAAACCUCCGCCACCUCUUCCACCUCCAACAAAUAGAGGUAUUAACAAGUUCAGUGAACGAAUUAAAAUACGGAAACAAAAGAAUUAUAGUGCAGCAGCUGCACAAUUAAAAGAUGAGGAAUCCGACCAUGAUAUCGAAGAUGUAGAUAACGGGAAGCCAGUUGAGAAUCAUAAUGAUUUUGAGUGUCCCGAUCCAGAUAAUCCACAGUGGAAGCUUUUUGAAACUGUAUGUAAAUUGGAACAUCCCAAUGGAUCGUAUUUAUCAGAUCCUUUCUGGAAGCUACCCUCUAGGAAGUUUUACCCAGAUUAUUACAAAGAGAUUAAAAAUCCAGUUUCGCUAACCCAAAUCAAGAAAAAGUUAAUGAACAAGGCCUAUGGUACCAUUAGCGAAGUCGCGGGAGAUUUGACUAUUAUGUUUGAGAACGCGAAAAAGUACAACAUGCCUAAUUCUAAGAUUUAUAAGGAUACCGUGAAACUCCAAAAAGCAAUGCAGGCAAAGGUCCAAGAACUACUUGAUAUCGAUCAGAAUAGUGACGUGGAUUUGGAUACACCAUCUAAGAAGAAAGCUGGGUCUAAAGUUAAAAAUGUAAGUCCUCUGGGUACUCCUCUCAGAGGUAGACCUCCAAAGGAUUUUGUGCCAUUAAAGAGGAGAUUGCAUGCUUUGGCGAAAUACAUGUUGGAUUUUACUUGUGAGGAUGGUCGCCAACCUAUGUUAGCUUUUAUGGAAAAACCAUCAAAGAAACUGUACGCUGAAUAUUAUGAAGUUAUUGAUGAACCCAUCGAUUUUUUGGAAAUUGAAGCAAAAAUAAAAGGAGAUCAAUAUACUUGCGAAAAAGACGUCGUAAAGGAUUUUCAACUGAUGUUCUCAAAUUGCAGACAAUUUAAUGAAGAAAAUUCGCCCAUAUAUGAUGACGCAAAUCUGCUCGAAAAACAUUUAAUGGACAAAGUAGGCCCUUUGCUGUUAUCUUCGGCAGAGAAAGAGAAAAAAGAGAAAGCUACUCCUAGAGUUUAUAAGCCAAGGAAGGUAUUAACACCUUUAGAAAAAGCGUUAAAACAUUUAUAUGAAGCAGUAAGGGACUACAAAGAUGCUAAAGGGGAAAGACAAUUGUGUCAGAUUUUUAUGAAAUUACCUUCUCGAAUGGAAUACCCCGAUUAUUAUGAAGUCAUAAGACAUCCUAUAGAUAUGGAAAGAAUAGCGCAUAAAAUGAAAAAUAAUUAUUAUGAGAGCGUAGACGAUCUUGCUGCUGAUCUCAGUUUAAUGUUGGACAACGCUUGCAAGUUCAACGAGCCCGAUUCUCAAAUUUACAAGGACGCUCUUGUCCUACAACAAAUCCUUUCGAAGAAGCGCCUACAGCUCAAGGACCAAGCCGAUGACGAGCCGCCAGACGUAGCGGAAUCUGUACAAGAUAUUUUGCUCACUUUGUUUACUACAGUGUAUAACCAUCAAGACGACGAGGGCAGAUGUUACAGCGAUUCGAUGACAGAACUACCUGAGCAUGAUGAAGUUGAGGGAAGAAAGGUACGAGCCUUAUCUUUAGAUCUGAUCAAGAGAAGACUAGACAAGAACCUUUACAAGCGGUUGGAUACCUUUCAGUCCGAUUUUUUCGCUUGUUUAGAACGAGCCAGGAAGCUUUCGAGAACCGAUUCUCAAAUCUUUGAGGAUUCGGUCGAAUUACAGAUGUUUUUCAUUAAUCUAAGGGACGACUUGUGUAAACACGGGGAGCUAUUACAAUCGCCGGCUUUAAACUACAGUGCUUUAGAUGCCAGACACGCCAUUGAGAAAUUACGCCAUCAGAAGUCUUUGCAAGAGACGAUCGAAGAGGAAACGGAAACGCGUAGUUCUGAUGACUCGAUUAUUAAGGAUGCUGGAAGUAACGGGUCUACAGAAGAAACGAUGACGUGUAAUCAAAAAACGUUCCAAGUCGGUGAAUUUGUAUAUAUGGAUUCUAAAGAAAAGAAUUGUGAACCUCAUAUACUGAAAAUCGAGCGACUGUAUGAGAAAAACGGACAGCAAAUGCUCUACGGAAAUCACUAUUUGAGACCUGACGAAACCUAUCACGCUCAUACCAGAAGAUUCUUAGAAAAGGAAGUUUUUAAAUCUGAUCGACACAGUCACGUGCCGUUGGAAGAAAUCAAAGAAAGAUGCGUUGUAAUUUCCGUAAAACAAUAUUUUAGUAUGAAACCUAUAGGAUAUGAUGAGAAAGACGUGUUCGUUUUGGAGUCUAGGUACAGUUCGCGGCACAGAGCUUUUAAGAAAAUCAAGAUUUUUCCCGAAAUAUCCUCAAGUAUUAAACUGGAACCUAGAGAAGUGUCUUUGGAACCGAAACGAGUAAUGUCCGUUUUCAGAGAGAGGUUAGAAAAACACAAAGAUGAGCUGGCGGAGCUUCAAGAUUUGGAAAAAAUGAUCGAUGACGAUAGACCAAAUGUGGUUGCCUUUACAUCAAUGGAAAUUGAAGAUGGAAAUACUUUUUAUGAGCAAUAUAAUACAAUUUGUUCUGGCGUAGUCAAAACUGGCGAUUUUGUAUAUGUGGUUGUGGAUGGAGGAAGACAAGUAAUAGCUCAAAUAGAUAGCAUUUGGGAGACACAAGAUGGAAAAUGCUACUUCCGAGGUCCCUGGUUCAUCUUUCCUUCAGAAGUCCCCAACGCAACAAAUAAAUUGUAUUAUCGAAACGAAAUUCUUCUUUCGACAGAAGAAGAUGUGAAUCCUAUCGUCAGUAUUAUAGGGAGGUGUGUCGUCUUAGACUAUAAUGACUACGUGGCCUUCCGUCCAACAGAAAUUCCCGAAACAGACGUGUACAUUUGCACGUCUGUCUACGACGAAAUCAACAGGCAAAUGAAAAAGCUCCCGCCAGAAGGAUUGAAGAAGUAUUUUCAUUUACCUGAAGUAGUCGAAGACGAGCUCUAUUAUUUUACGAAGCUGUUGAACCCUCCAAAGGUUAACGUUAAGGAAGCCUUGAUUGCGAAACUAAGGGGCAAGUUUGGCGCUUAUGCAAGAGACGCCUCACCUACUUUGAGUAAAUUAGCUGAUGUGGACAUUGUAAUGGAAGAUUCUAUGGAUGGGGGACCUCCUUCAGUAGGAUCUGGAGAAAUUCCUUCGGUAGUGGGAAAUUUGAUUACGGCUACUCCAGGGGGUUCAAAUCACAUAGCUCCGACUGGGAGCACAACAAAAAAGAAACCAACAAAGAAUAAAGUAGUAACUGGAUACAUUUUAUACUCGAGAGACGUGAGAAAAAGAGUUGUACAGAAUAACCCCGAAUCAACAUUUGGUGAUAUAUCGAGAAUUGUGGGUUCAGAAUGGAAGUCUCUUGGGACUACAGACAAACAAAUGUGGGAAGAGAGAGCCUCUAAACUAAAUGAGGAGACAAAGGCUCAGUUGCUGGCAGAACAAGAGCAGUGUCCCAGUCCGGCACCUGCGCCACCACCAGAGAACCAGGUAUUUGAAUGUAAAUGGGAUGACUGUGAUUUCCAGUUUGAGGAGGUAACCGACUGUGUAGAACAUUCAGUUAAAGAUUCUAAAGAUUCCCAGGGUCAUGUGCAAGCUUAUUUCCAAGAACAUCCUGGUGAGGAAAUACAUUGUAAAUGGAGAAACUGUUCUCGCCAUAAUAAGAAAAAUCUUCAACCUUUCCCCAACAUAACAAGGCUCAUUCGCCACGUGAGGGAUAUGCAUAUUAACAAGGGCAAUGGGAGAUCUAUAUUGCCUGAGAACAGAAGCAAGAAUUUCAAGCCGUCUAGUAAGAUUGCUGCUAUUAAUCGUCUGGCUGCACCUUCUGCUACGUCAAGUGCUGCAACUGUAUCUACUCCAGCAUCUAAUGCCACACCAGUGGCAGCCACUCCACAGAAAGUUGCCGAUCCUAUGUUCAUUUCAGUUCCACCAAGACCACAACGCGUUCUUCAUUCUGAAGCUUAUAUUAAGUAUAUUGAAGGAUUAAACACCGAACAAAGGCACAUUACUAACUGGGAAAGAACACUUCACGCUACCCCGGAAACAUGCAAUCCCGAUCCAGAAAAACUCGCCCAAGUGACCACGUGGCUAGGAAGAAAGAGCGACCAGCACGACAACGUAGUGGCGGCCCUUUGGCAGCUCAGAAACCAGCUUCUUAAGGACACACUGUGCUUACAAAAAACCCUAUAAAUUGAUAAGAUUGACGAUAGUGUAUAUAAUACGUAAGGGGUGAUACCAGUAUCAGAUAUAAAUGGUUUAAGGUGAAUAAUUGUCAAAGAAGCGCUAGCGCAAACAUAUAAAAAUCUUCAGAAUGAUUUGAAUCAGUUUAUUUAGGUUCAUUUCACAGAAAUGGAUGGUUGUAAAUAUUUGAUUUUUUUUCUUUUGAGCCUGGACAUAACAUGUAAAAAUAUAGGAUCGAGAUAGUUUUAGGAUUACAGUUUCCACACCUUAUCACUAAGCCUAACAGCGAAUUUGUAAUGACUUAUUUCUUAGAUUAGUAGGCGGUAUGGUCCAGUAAUCUUUUUUCUAUUGUAUUAAAUGAAAUAUCUUGUUUAACUUAAUUUAUAUCUAGUGUUAUGUAACUUAAUAAUAUAGGUCAUCUUGUGAAAUAUAGUUUUUAGUUCGCAACCAUUGAUUUGGUGUGUAUUGUUUCUAUUAUAUUUUUUUUAUAGAAAGACACUGAUUUUUGUAUCAUAAAUAUAUGCGACUGAACGACGUAGUAAA